CUCUGGUGUCCCUUCCACUCCCGGCCCUGAACCCGGUCUGUAUCAACGUGUUCCUGCGGAUACAGAACGAGUUAGGAAACCUAUGGUUGGAGCGGGAUGAGUCGGAGAUGUCCAGCACUGCGUUCUUGAACACGGAGAAGGCAGCUAGAGAGUUUCUAUCAUUCGGAGACGAUCCUUACUCAAUUAAAGAUCUGUUCAACCCGGAGCUAGGUUCUCUCCUACCCAGUGGUAUACUAGAGCUAAAGGAUCUUCAUAACUAUGCUCUGAUAAACCUAGCAGAAAUAAAGGGAAGAAGUGAAAGAAAUGAUCUGGUUUUGAUGCACCGAAACCUGGAGAAAAUACUGAUUGAAGGACGGAUACCGGAGGGAGUUCAACCUCAAACCCUAGUUCUUAAACUCAUCCAAGAGUUUUUAGCUAAAAAGAAAUUUAAAAUUGCUCGUCAGUACCUCGCAGCACUGGAUUAUAUGAAUGAGAAAAUACUGAAGAAAGAUCAACAGGUUUGUCUACUUCAUGUGGUUUUCUACCAAGGUCUACUGGUCUCUUCGGUAGAUAAGUUUCAGGAACGGAAGCGGGUUCUGGUAAUCCAGAGAGCAGUGAGCAACGAGGAUAACCUUUUCAUUUUCUCGGUCCCUGCUACAACAGUAAUAAGAGAAUUCGAAUCUAGAUACUUGGAUACACCUGGCAGAGAGUAUACGGAUACAAGACCAAUCUUCAUAACUGGACGGAACCUGGGUCAGAAGCUACUACUCUCUUUGGAAACAGGAGAUGAUUUUGAGACCAGGGUGAAGAUCGUUCUUAUACUCAGCAAUAUGUACAAAUGUAUUGGGGUUUUGCUUUAUGAUAAGAUUGGAAAUAUUGAAAUUUUAUCAAAAGUUUCAAAAAUCCAGCGAAGAAGAGUAGGAUUACUAGAGAAAUGUUUAGAUGGCCUGGAUGUUAAAAAGCAUAGGAGUAAGGUUGAGGAGUUGAGUCUCCAACUGGGAGAGAUCUACAUGGAGCUGCUGGAGCUGAAGCAGAAGAAGUUUGAGAGAACUGCUGAUAAUCUGGAUCCGCAUCUCGUUAAGAAAAUGGUUAAUUUGUGCCUCCAGGGGAUACAACAUUGCAAAUCCUGCAUCUUAUCUCUACCAAGCAUAGAUUCACAUCCACAUAUGAAUAAAGGAGACAUGUGUAUCCUUGCCCAGAUUCUUCAGAUUGAGUCUCAAGUAGGACCUGGAGCACUGCCAGUUCGUCCUCUGAAAAUUCCAGAACGGUUUCCUCCGGGCUGUGUCGGAGAAGGGAUUAAAGCAUUGUUCUUAAUCGGUAGAUUUUACAACAAACUGUUUACUCCGAACAGGAAUGAUCAACCUCUGUUCACAAAGCUAGCAAUCCUUCAUUAUCAGCUGAUCGAAGCAUAUUGUAGAAGGAACCCUGAAGACAUGUUUGAGAUGAGAUACGAGUACAAUCAAUCAAUCAAUGCCGCGGACCUUCUCCUACGACAGAUUAAGAUGCAAGAGAAAGCGGAAAAAGAAGAAUCUAAAACAUCAACAUUAAAAUCACUUGAUUGAUUUGAAAUUAAGUAAACUUUAGAUUUAAUAAAUACUGUAAUUUUA